AUGCAUACACUCCUUCUUCACUCCACGAUUUUUGCUCUCUUUGCAAUCUUUAUCGUGAAUAUCGGUCUCGCCGUAGGUCAAAAUUCUGCAUGGAACAUCAAGCAAAAUCCUUUCCCGAAAGCAAAACGUAUCUCAGCGACAGUAUCUUUCCCAUCUGCCAAGGCUAAAGGCAAUGUGACCCUCGCCGAUCCAUAUCAAUGGCUUCAAAACGACACUGAUCCCGCUACGAUCAAAUUCGUUGCUGAUCAAAAAAGCUUGACUGAAUCAUUUAUCAAGAAAUGUACAUCUGUAAAACAAAUCGAACAAUCUGUUCGUGAUGCAUUCAAUUAUAAUGAUUACAGUGAUAUGACGUUUUUUGAAGAUGCAAAAGUACCAUUUUGGUUUUACAGCGUUACUGGUCCCAACGAAGAUCGUAAGACGUACUAUAUUGCCACGCCGGCAGAAAUGGAAGUUGCAAGGAAAACGAACUUCGCCAAACCACCUGGAAAGAAGUUUUUGAUGGAAUCAUUGUUGAGCAGUAAUAAUUCUGCAAGUAUUGUAUAUACUAUGGUUUCACUCGAUCAUACAUUGAUAGCCUAUAUGGUAGUCGACGAUGGCGCUGAUACUGGAUCAUGGUAUGUGCGUAGACUUGAUUCCCCAUUGGUACAAGCAAAAACUAGGCCACCAGGAGGUGAAGGUCGUUUGCCGGACGUGAUUCCAUAUGUGUAUCAGGACUUAAGGUGGACACUUGAUUCAAAAGCCUUCUUUUAUACUCAAUACUCAGACAAUGGGACAAUCGUUGCAUAUCACCAACUGGGGACACCAGUCGACAAAGAUAUCACCAUUGUCAACCCUGAUCCUGAUCCGGCAAACCUUUGGUACUUGGAUUAUAGCUUCGAUGGAAAGUGGUUGGUAGUAUUCAGUGCAGCAAAUACGGAUUCAAAAGCAACUGCAUAUGCAACUUUGCUGACCGGUCAGAAAUUAUCCGAUAAGAUGAAAUGGAUUUCGAUCGUACCUACUCGUGAUCUAUCAUUGUUCUCACCCGUCGGCAUAUUGGACGGUAACUGGUAUGUCGUGACAGAUGAAAACGCCAUAGACAGAAAGGUUGUCAAAGUCAAGCUGGAUUGGACUAAGGCAAAAGAAGUGACCAACUUAUCACAAUUGAAAGGACGACUGAACUUCACAGACGUGAUACCUAAUCGACCUUUUCGUCAACUCAACUUAGCUAGGCAAACGGAUACAAAUAAAGCGCUGGUAGUUUAUGUCGAAAACGGCAAGUAUGUCUUAUACAUCUUUGAUCUCAGAACCGGAAAGCAACUCCAAAAAAUUCUGCCAGAUGAAAAAUCAAGUCCACAUGCGGCCUUUUUUGCUACACCAACAAACAAAUAUUGGACUUUGGCUUAUAGAAGCACAGUUUCACCGGUCAAGAUUUUUCAGGUUCAUCAUACCGAGACAGGAAUCCAAACAAAACUCUUGACAGCACAAGCAAUCAAAGGUUCCAACCCUGAUGAUUAUGAUACGGAGCAAAUGGAAGCAAUUAGCAAAGAUGGUACAAAAGUACCCUACUUUCUCGUUCGACAUAGGAACAGACCGAGUAAUACCUCUUCAAGCAUAUGGCUUCACGGUUACGGAGCAUAUGGUGACAUCGAUAAUCUGUUCUGGGACGAAAGAUACUUUUCCUGGUUACAAGCUGGUACCGGCCGAGGAUUUGUAUGGGCUGGAUUGAGAGGUGGCGGCGAUAAAGGUGAAGAAUGGCACAUUGCUGGCAAGAAUCGGAACAAGCCAAAAACGUUUGAUGACAUGGUCGCUAUUGCGCAAGAUUUGAUCAAACGUAAAUUGGUAAACAAAGGCCAAAUCAAUCUCGAGGGAAACUCAGCAGGGGGCCUUAUGUCUGCGGUAGUUGCUCGUCAAGCACCGGUAGGCACAUUUGGUGCCGUUAUGCCAGAUGUCGCACUGUUAGAUUAUUUGUUCUUUUACACUGGUGCGAUUGGCCCGGCCAACGUGAACGAGUUUGGGGACCCAGCAAUUCCUGUAGAAUUUGACAUCAUUGAAUCUUGGGAUCCCAUCCGUAACCUCAGUCCAAAUAUUCAACCACCUCCAACUUUACUCACCCUUGCUGAUUCGGAUGAUCGAGUAGUGCCGGCUAAUGCAUACAAAUAUCUAGCGCAAGCUCAACAUGAUCACCCAAACAGUCGGAACCCUUUGCUCAUGUAUGUCUCAACUUCCUCUGGACACAUUUCGAGCCGUGCAACGACAACAACAAUGGUGUCAUUGGCAGUUCAUCAACAAUGUUUCCUCGAAUUGACCAUCGGUAAAUAA